AUGGAGCCUCCUCGCGAAUCCCCAAUCCAAAUCACCGAAAACGCCGACGAAUCCUCCGAAUUCCGCCGCGGCUGCUUCAGCCUCCCCUGCUUCGACCGCCGCCGCAGCGACGAAUCCUCCGGUGCGACGACGUGGUGGCAGAGGAUGCGGUCGCGCGGCGCGGGCGCGGUGAUGAAGAUCCGCGAGUGGUCGGAGCUGGUGGCCGGGCCGAAGUGGAAGACGUUCAUCCGGCGGUUCAAUCGGAACCGCAGCGGCGGAAAGCACGCGAAUUUCCAAUACGAUCCGCUGAGCUACGCGAUGAAUUUCGACGAGGGGCCGGGGGGGCAAAUUGGGGAUUUCGCCAAGGAAGGGCAAGACGACGCCGACGGUUACUACUACGCGUCGCGGAAUUUCUCAUCCAGGUACGCCAAGGGAUCGAUGGACAUGGGCAAGGAUGGGCCCACCUUCGUCUAG